GCGCCCGUAGCAUUUGGCGCAGUUAUUCUUGAAUGGACGCUUCCGUAAACUAGUAAGAAAGUAAACUAUUGUAGAAACUAAUAAACUCCAACAUCAUGUCAAGCUUUCCAUGGAAUACUACACCAAGCACAUCUGAUAAAGACAGCAUAGAACUAACGGAGAAGGAUUUGAUUAAGUGGGGACUCAAAGGCAUUCAGCUUAGGCCCUACCAGCUGGAUGGAGUGAAGUGGCUGGUACAGUGCCUGGAGAAUCAGGAGGGGUGCAUACUGGGGGAUGAAAUGGGCCUUGGAAAGACCUGCCAGACCAUCUCCCUGCUGGUGUAUGCUCGUGGGGCCCUGGGGUAUGAGGGGCCCUUCCUGAUUCUGAGCCCUCUGUCCGUCAUGAACAACUGGAGAGAGGAGAUGGAGCGAUUCGCACCCGGCCUGUCAGUCGUGUGUUACCAAGGGGACAAGGAGAAGAGGGCGGAGCUUCAGAGGGACCUGAGUUCGGGCAGGCGCUUCCAUGUGCUGCUCACAACCUAUGAGUUGUGUCUCAACGGUGCCUCGUUUUUAAAAAGGUGGAAGUGGAAGGUCCUGGUGGUGGAUGAGGCCCACAGACUGAAGAACCAAAACUCCUUAUUGCGCAGGGCCCUGACAGAGUUUUCGGUCCGCUUCAGAGUGCUUCUGACUGGCACCCCCGUUCAGAACAGCCUGCAGGAAGUCUACUCUCUCCUCAGCUUCAUCCAGCCCCCCGUCUUUCCUGAGGACCAGGCCGAAGACUUCGUCUCCGCCUACGCGAACGUUCAGACCGAGCCCGCUCUUGCCACCGAGCUGCACGGCGUCCUGCAGCCCUACCUGCUGCGCAGAGUGAAGGCGGAGGUGGCCCUGGAGCUGCCCAGGAAGACGGAGCUGCUGGUGUACCACGGCCUGUCGGCCCUGCAGAAGAGAUACUACAAGGCCAUCCUGACGAAGGACCUGGAUGCUUUUGAGAAUGAACAGGGCAGCAGAACCAGGCUGUUGAACAUAUUGGUGCAGCUGCGGAAGUGUGUCAACCAUCCAUACCUGUUUGACGGGGUGGAGCCAGAGCCGUUUGAAAUGGGGGAGCACCUGGUGGAGGCCAGUGGUAAACUCCGCCUCUUGGACAGCAUGCUGGAGUUCCUGCACAAAGGGGGCCAUCGAGUGCUGCUGUUCUCUCAGAUGACCAGAGUGUUGGACAUCCUGCAGGACUACAUGGAGUACAGAGGCUACAGCUAUGAGCGCCUGGACGGGUCGGUCAGAGGAGAGGAGCGGAACCUGGCCAUCAAGAACUUCAGCAGCAAGGACGUGUUCGUCUUCCUCCUCAGCACCAAAGCCGGGGGCGUCGGGAUGAACCUGACGGCCGCUGACACCGUGAUCUUCAUGGACAGCGACUUCAACCCCCAGAAUGACCUGCAGGCCGCGGCGCGCGCCCACAGAAUUGGGCAGACCAGGGCGGUGAAGGUGAUCCGGUUGCUGGGGAGGGAUACGGUGGAGGAGAUUGUGUACCGCCGCGCUGCGUCCAAGCUGCGCCUGACCAACACGGUGAUCGAGGAGGGGCGCUUCUCCCUGCUGGAGCAGGCCCAGUCUGCUGCUGCUGGCCUCCAGCUGAGUGAGAUCCUGAAGUUCGGGGUGGACAAGCUGCUGGCGUCGGAGGAGAGCUCGGUGCAGGACGUGGACCUGGGGCUCAUCCUGGGGCGGAGCCGGGGCGGCCACUGGCUGGACGAGGACGACCCCGCCGUCCCCGGCGAGGAAGAGGAGGACGCCGACACCGACAACCAAACGCACAUGUACCUGUUCGAGGGCAGAGAUUACUCCAAGGACCCCAGCUCCGAGGACGAGAGCCGCUUCCGCGAGCUGCUGGAGGAGCAGCUGGCCCGGCUGGGGGGCGGGGGGUCAGAGGGCCGCACCCUUCGCCGAAAGACCGGGGUGUCCCUCUGUGGGCCCUUGGCCGCUCCUGGUCGCAGGAAGAGGCCCCUGAGCGAGGAGGAGCUGGAGUUGAGGAGGCAGAGGAGGCGGGAGGCCGCCGCCAAGAGGGCCAAGCUGCAGGAGGAGCGGAGGAGGGCAAAGGAGGAGGCGCAGCACCGUAAGAAGAUGGCAUGGUGGGACUCUUGUGGGUAUCAGUCCCUGUGCCUGACUUCAGAGGGGAGUGAGGAGGAGGAGGAAGAGGAAGAGGGCGACGACCUCAGUGUGAGCUCCACGGAUUCUGAGCACACAGCCAUCCGCUAUGUCCUGGGCGAUGUGACCCACCCCCAGGCGGCCCAGGAGGAUGCCAUCAUCGUGCACUGUGUUGAUGACUCUGGACGCUGGGGCCGAGGGGGGCUGUUCACUGCGCUGGAGGUGAGAACUGACGAGGCGCGCAGACAGUACGAGCUGGCAGGAAAGAUGGACGACCUGGAGCUCGGUCAUGUACUGCUGUUUCCCAUUGAUGACAAGCAGUCCAGGUUUGACGGAAGGGACUAUCUGGCGUUGAUAGUGGCACAGCAGAGGGAUCAGUCUAACAGGCUGUCGGGAAUCAAGAUGUCCGCUCUGGAGGAGGGUCUGAAGAAGAUCCACAGGGCCGCAAAGAAGAAGGAAGCCAGCGUGCACCUCCCGCGGAUAGGUCACGCCACCAAAGGGUUCAACUGGUACGGAACGGAGAGGCUCGUCCGCAAGCACCUGUCCUCCCGCGGGAUCCCCACCUCCAUAUACUACUACUCCAGCAGGGCGGCGUCCUCGCGCCCGUCUGCGGUGGCGGCGUCUGCCUCGCCCACGUCCCGCGGCGGCGCGGUGAGCCAGGCUGCGGGUUCGUCCGCGGGGGCGGGGGCGGGAACGAGCGGCGGAGGGGCCGCGAGAUCAGCGGACUCCGGCGGCCCCGUCCUGGCCAGCUUCAUGAGCGGAGUCCACAUAUUCUUCUACAACUUGGCUGCCUCGGAGAGGAAGAGACUGGCCCGCUACCUCAUCACCUAUGACGGGGAUGAAGAGGAGCUCAUGAGUGCUGAUGUCACACACAUCGUGGCGGAGGUGGAAAGCCCCGUCCACACGCAGGAGCUGAAGGACCUCCUGCAUGGGUGUCCUCAGGCCCUGCCUGUCCAGAAGGCCUGGCUGGAGGCCUGCUUCUCCAAGCAGCGCAAAGUCAACACGGCCAACUACCUGAUCGGCCUCCACUGACCCAGCGGCGAUCAAUACUUGCAUCAGUUAUCGUUCUUCAGAUGAGAGGGUCUACUUAGUGAACUCGCCAUGCAUAGAGAAGGGCCUUCUACAGAUGCAAGGCCCACAGCCUGUCCUGUGCUUGCUGAUCUGCUUAAAGAACUCAAUGAGUACUUACCUGCAACCUCAAUUAAAACAUUUUAAUUGUAUUAAUUUAAAAAUACACAUUUUUUUGAACAAAAUGAUUUUUCGUUCAUUUUGUCAGUCAUACCUGGUGAAUGGGUCUGGAACUGAAAUUGAUAAAAAACAGAUAGGGAUAUGGCUUCCUGUCCAACCAUUGCAAGGCUGGUGGUGUGCCACAGGCCAGCUGGUCUGAGGCAAGACUUCCACCAUGGUGGUACUUUUUGAACCACAGCUUUCUACUAUGUGGUAUGAGUUUCCAAUUCAUGUUUAGAAAUGCACAAGAAAUGGAUAGCAGCUUGGAACAGGUCACUCUUGAAAAAGAUGUCGCUGUGGACUCACCUGUAUAAAUAAAGGGUAAAUAAAUAAAAACUUCCUGGCUGGAAGCCUUGCAAUGUAAACACCUCAUGACUAGGGCCCUAGCCUCAUGGGGCAACACAGGAUCGGCAGUUAUAUCGCCUGGGGUUAGGGAGGGUGCAGUGGGCUUGCCAUGUCUCAUCCAUAUGAAACGGUGCCUGUGGUCUACUUGCUAAAGCUGCACAUGAAGCACCUUUCUCCAGCUAAGUUCAGCUUGUGAGCUACGGCGUGAAAGGAAGCGGCUAUCAACAGGGUCCCUCUGGGGAAAAUGAGAGGGUGUGGCCAGGGCCAUGGCCAGACCAAGACUUUUGUUGAACUCAUCAGAAGGUUACGGUGAAAACCAAGACACAAGUGAGGCCAAGCUUGCGGGGCUAGUUCGGGCAGACAACUCGAGAAGAGCCAAUAUCACCGUCAGCUGGCAUGAUGCUUACGCCCUAAUGGGAGGGCUAUUUAAAUCUCCUGCCUUGCCUCUUCAUGCCUUUGCUCAUUCUGCUGUGCUCUUCUGGCCAUGCUAUCCCUGCUGCUGCUACCCCCUGCUUGCCCUCUCUCUCCUGUAUUCAUGCCUUCCAUAAGUGUUUUUUUGGUGCUCCCACCACCACCCCGGCAUCCACCUGUUGGCUCUGCUUCUCAUAUGAUCCCCUAGGGGGGUUUGCAGUGGUCCCUCCCUGCUAUUAUUUUGGCUAGCUUGUGCAUACAGGAAGUGAUAAGGCACAGCCUUGACUCGAAAGUUGCAUUCACAUUAAACCUCUAUAAAUAUUGCUUAAUUCAAACUGUGAGUUGUGUGACUGAACUAUAAAACUUUUAAGCAGAAUUGAGAGAGGCCUGUAUUGAUUUGUAAAACCUGAGAAGAUUUUUUAAAAUUUGGAUGUACAAUCCUGCAUGUGAAAUUUGGAAAGCAGAUCCAUUGCUCACGUUAACUUAUCCUAAAUGCAAAACAUAUACGAAUAGUAUAGGAUAUCAGUAGCCACUCAGCACAACAGCAACAGUGUUGGCUGAUGGGCUGAUUUCAUUUCAGCAAAACAAGUAUAUAAGUCAGAUGACCUUGGCUUUUGGGCAGCUCAAGGGGGAUCUUGAUUUUUGUGAUCUGAUUUAAUUCACAGCAUAUUACCACAAGAACCUCAUGUGAGACUGUCUGUCCAGGCUGUCACACAGUUAAAGGUUGGCCCAAAGUGGAUCAUGUAACAGGACAGCGAUUUGAAGUACACCAGUAAAUUUACAACUGAAUGGCUGAAAAAGAAACGAGUCAGGGUUUUGGAAUAGCUUUCAAAGUACAGACCUCAACCUCAUUAAGAUGUGGUGGAACCAUAAGAGAGCUGUGCACAAAUGAAUGCCCUCAUAUAUCAAUGAGCUGAGGCAUUUUUUUAAGGAGUGGGCCAAAAUUCAUGUUGACUUAAUUUUGGUUGAAUGAAUAACGAUAACGAGUAAAGGGCCAUUUUCGCUACACCUGUGAAUGCUCAGUUUUCCAAUCCAAACAAAAGCCUUACUGCAAUACUAAUAGCAUGCUUUUUUUCCCAAGAAGAAACUCUCCGCAAUUGGAACGGUAGCCUUCUUCUUGAAAGUUAUGCUUGAUCGUACACAAUAUGAAAAGUAUUUUUAGAAGGUGGUUUAUUGACUCAAAGUGCUCCACUGAUUAUGCCUUCAUUUGUGCCCCUAAUUAUACGUUGUGUUGAAUUGGAAAGCGUAAAAUGAAUAUCUAAAUAUGAAUCUCUAUUAUAUGCCUAUCUAUUAGGCUUCUUAUAAUAAUAAAAAUGAUCUCUUUUGCUAUUGA